AUGGCUAAUUUACAAGAUCAUAUCGCUAGGAGUUUUUGGAGUUGCAAAGGAAUAGGUUACUCCUUUUCCAAUGCGACGGGUAGAGCGGGGGGUCUUUUAACGAUGUGGAAGGAGGAGGCUUUGGAGGUGAUCAACAGUUUCAAAGGAGAGGGUUAUCUUGGCAUUAAAUUUCGUAAGAACAACAAUUUUUAUUAUUUGGUUAAUGUUUAUUCUUCUUGCAUUUUGGUGAAGAAAAGAGUUCUUUGGCAGGUUUUGUUGGAGUUAAAAGAGAAGUUCAAUGAUGGGGAAUGGAUUAUUGGAGUCGACUUUAAUUCUAUAAAGGACCGCAAUGAAAGAAAGGGGAGGAUGGUUUCGUCCAAUUCUAACGAGAUGGACGAAUUCAAGGAUUUUAUCUCGGAAAGUUUGUUAGUGGAUAUUCCGUGCAAAGGGAAAAAGUUUACGUGGUAUAGUGGAGAUGGUGGCUCGAGGAGUAGGAUUGAUAGAUUUUUAAUUUCGGAUAAGGUGGUGAACGAUUGGGGGAUAGUUGGACAAUUCGUGGGUGAUAGAGAUUUAUCCGACCAUUGUCCUCUUUGGUUAGAAGUCGAUAAUAAUAAUUGGGGUCCAAAACCUUUCAAAUUCAAUAACGAAUGGUUUUCUUUUGAUUCCUUUAUACCUUUUAUGAAAAAGGAAUGGGAAGGACUAAAGGUGGAAGGAAUGGCGGAUUUUGUUUUGAAAGAAAAGCUUCGUCUUCUCAAAGUAAAGCUUAAUUGGUGGAAUAAAGAGGUGUUUGGGAGAAUUAAUUUGGAGGUUGAGGAGGGAGUUAGGGAUAUUAAUUGUGGGGAUGUGUUGUUAGAAGAGGCGGAUGAAAUCCUUCAACCCGAAAUUCUAAAAAAUAGAAAGGAAGCCACUAGUCGGUUUUGGACCAAGUUGAGAAUUAAGGAGAAUAUGUUAGUUCAAAAAUCAAGAUUGAAGUGGUUAAAUGAAAGAGACUCUAAUAGUGGUUUCUUCCACAAAGUUAUGAAAGAUAAGAGGAGACAAAAUCAUAUUGGGCCUAUUAACACAACGGGAGGAGUUUUGUCAUCGGUGAAGGAGAUCAAUGAUGAAGUGGUUUGA